AUUUUACCAGCUUUGAAUAAACUUAGAAUUCUUCGUAUAACAGAGGAUUGGGGAGGAAUUCAAUUGGAUGGAGGAAAAUAUAUUGAAAACUUAACAUUACCCAACCAAUUACAUUACUUUAAUGUUACAGGAUUAUUUUUUUCAGAUGAAUGGUUGAAAAUAUUUUUUGAGAAAUGUUGUUUUAAUUUAAAACAAGUAGUUUUAUUGCUUAAAAAUUACGAUGUUAAACAUGAACAAAUUAUUAAAACGUUUUCAUUGGAAAAAAGAAAGGAUAUUGAAGAAAUUAUUGUUUCAAUUGAUAAUAAGUCAGAG